AUGUCUUCGGAUGGACUCAAUCGACGCGAAAGAGUUGUCGAUAGGAAUGGAGACACAAAUGAGGAGAACGUGUCUCGAGUGGUGUCUCAAGAAGUUUCGCCCGAAAGGCCACAAAACCAGAGUAUUAUGAAGCGAGUGAUGAGUCUAAUGGCACUCUCGAUGGCUAUUCUUGUGGUGGUUUACUACACGACUCAAUGCAAUGACACCAAAGAACUAAUGAUGGCUUCGGCCACUCAAUCCAUAACGGGUUCGCCAGUCGGACAACAAGUGAUGUGUUCUCAAGACUAUAACGAAGACAGAGUUCGGUUCCCGUCUUGUGCUCCUCAAAGAUGCGGUCGUUUUGUGUCCGAUUCGGUGAUCACUGAAUCGGAAGCCAAACACUUGUUGUCAGUGACGAAGAGAGGCCUAUCAUUGGGCGGCUCUUCAGGCGGCGCCUCUUUCUUCAGCUUACAUUCGGGCGACCUUUCGAUGGCAACUAAUUUCGUGAAUAUCUAUAAACUCAUGGAUAGUACGCAACAAACGGAAGAGCUGUUCACCAAAAAAGACUUUGAAGUCUACAGAACUGUGACGAACAGAAUCCGCAAAACGAUUGCAAUUCAUUUCGGCAUCUCUUCGGCUCAGCUCUACAUAACGAUUAUGACUGUCUUCCGAAGAAGUACGGCAAAGAAGCCCCGAACCAAACACGACGUGUAUUGGCGCCGACACGUCGACAAAAGGGAACGUAAAGUGCGAACAAUUCACUUCUUUGCUGUAUUUGUCGACAUAUGGCGCGGACUUCUCCGACGGACGCCUUAUAUUGACGGACGAGAAAGAAACGAGCACUUCUUCGAGAGGGUCACCAACGGGACGAGAUAUGCUUUGGUUAUGGCCUUCACGUGUGACCCCGAGUUCGCCGCCAAAGAUCCACAGAUU